AUUGGACCCCCGGGAGGGUGGGGACCCCGGGAGAGGGCUGCACGUGGCUUCUAAGGGUUCCGGGAGCUCCAAGUUAGAGGAGCAAGCCGGGGGGGGGGGGGGGGGGGGCUCUGGGGCGGCAAGGUUUCCAGCCGGCCCGGGUGGGCCAGCAGAACAGGUUUGCUCUCAGAGCUGAAGCUGGCUGUGCCCUGGGGCCACAUCGCUGCCAAAGUCUGGGGCUCCCAGCAGGCCCCCCCAGUUCUUUGCCUGCACGGCUGGCUGGACAAUGCCAGCUCUUUUGACAGACUCAUCCCUCUUCUUCCAAAAGAUGCCUUCUCCCUUUCCAUCUCGUCUCAGACUUUUGUUACGUUGCCAUGGAUUUCGGGGGACACGGGCUCUCGUCCCAUUACAGCCCUGGUCUCCCGUAUUACCAGGAAAACUUUGUGAGUGAGAUCCGGAGAGUUGUAGCAGCCUUGAAGUGGAAGCAUUUCUCCAUCGUGGGCCAUAGUUUUGGUGGCGCGGUGGGCGCAAUGUUUUCCAGUAUCUUCCCCGAGAUGGUGAAUAAACUUAUCUUGCUGGACACAUGGCCAUUUCCCCUGGACCCUAAAGGAAUAGAGUGCGUGCCGACCUACCGGCGGGGAGCCAUCGAGUACGUGCUGCAGGUGGAGGCCUCCCAGAAGCCUCGGCAGGUGGCCAGCCCAGAGGAGAUGCUGCAGAGGUUCAUGAAGAACAACAGUCACGUGAGUGAGGAGAGCGCGCGACUCCUCCUGCAGAGAGGAACCACCAAGGUGGCCACAGCCGGUGCAUUGCAUGGAUUUCAUCAGCAGGGAGCAGUUUGUGAACUUCACCAAGCAGCUGCGGGCCCGCGUCCUGCUCAUCAAGUAAGCGCGAGCCUCGUGCCUCCAAAGACCCUCGGCUGCCAGGAACCCCCAGGUCUCCCUCGUGUGAGGUUCUGGGUUCUUCUGCUUGAGGCCGGGCUGCCCCUGGCACCAGGGCAUGGAGGGCACAGGCAGCAGGGCCAGGAGCUGAGCCAGCUGCCCCUCUUGCAAGGCCGGGCAGACACCGGCCGACUGUCCCCUGCCAGGUCCCCUGGCCCUUUGCUGCUCCCCGGCCUUCCAACUGCCCCCACCUGCCAGCUGCAGUCCCCAAGCCACUGCCUGUGGCCACAGCUGUGACUUCUAGGGACAUGUGUGUCUCUGGUGCUGAGCACAGGGGUCUAGGAAGCACAGACUGGAGUUGCAGAUCCAAACCCCAGUGAGAUACGCUGCAACCCCCCACACCUGGGGACGGCAGGACCCUACAUGGCAGGGGACAGGCACUAGCAAGGAUGUGGAGAAACCAGAGUCUCCCACUGUUGGGCUGUAAAGCGGCACAGUCACUUGGAACAGUCUGGCAGUUUCUGGAGCCACUGAGUUACCACAAGGCUCCACAGUCACCCUCCCAGGGAUCUACAGGCCCGACCUAGGUCCACAUGGCAGCUCGUGCGGGACCGUCCAGAGCGGUGCUCAUCACAACAGCCCAGAAGCGGAGGCCACCCAGGUGACCACCAGCAGACAGGCCGAAUGCGGCAUGUCCACGCGGGGGGCUACAUUUCAGCCAGAAGGGAACAAACUGGUGUAAGCUACACAGAUGACUCAGGAGAACAGGACAGAAAGUGAAAGAAGCCAGUCCCGAGACCAUGCGUUCUGUGGUUCGACCCACACACCAGUGCGGAGCGCAGUCUCUGCAGUCAGUGUUGGUGUAAACCCAGGAGCUGGGUGAGAACUAGAGGCUCCGGUUUGGGGUUUUCUGAGACGAUGACAGUGUCCUUGAAUCGACUGUAGUCACAGGUACAGAACUCGUAAGUAUACAGGUGAAAUGCGCAAAAUCUCGGGAAAGACGUGGAGAGCGAGCAGGGACUCGGCCCGUCCCCUCCCGGCUGCGCCAUGCAGAGGCCCUGGCCGCGGGCGGGUCCCAUGACCCUGCCGAGGUGAACCCCGCAGCACCUUGGCCACAGUGAGCCCUGAACUGCAGGAAAAUCAGAGGCAAGCCUAGGCUAGUCUCUGCUCAGCCUGGAAGCGGGCUGGGGGGAGGUACCACAAGGUGUCCCCAGGGUGAAUCUUGAUUUUCCUCUCACUUUCCAGAGCAAUGCAAGGAUAUUUUAACGUGAGAAGGGAGGAUGACACCAACAAGAGCAUCAUAACUUUUGUGACAGACACGCUGAAAUCGAUCCUAAAGGAGGUGGGGGCAUGAGCUCAGCUCGGGUGACCUCAGCACCACCACCGAAGGCGAGCCUGUGUGGCCCGCCCGCAGUGCCCUCCCGUCUCCCAGGGAGGGUCACCCUUGACUCCUGGGUCCUCCCUAGCCUAGCUCUACAACCUCACAGGCCAGAAUGACCCAGAAAUCCGGACAUCCCCCCCAUUUCCAAAUCAGGCCUUUCUGACUCUGAGUCAGGCUCUGACUUAACCAGCAUGUGACUGGAGAGCUGUGGGUCAGUCCCUGCCCCAUGGUUCACCAUGGGGGACCCUUUGGAACCCCUGGGAGGUAGCAGACCCUGGGAAGGCCCCAGCACAGCAGAGGGGCCACACUCACCAACCAUUCCCGCCCCAACCAGCGGUACCAGUACAUCGAAGUCCCGGGCUCCCACUACGUCCACUUGAACCAACCCGAGACCGUGGCUGGUAUCAUCAGUGCCUUUCUGCAGAGCAAGGAGACGAUACCACACCGUAUGUAGCCCGGGCCCAGGCCUUUGGAGACCCGAUGCCCACCACUCACCACCUGGAUUCCUAGUUCCAGGCCCUCCAGCCAGGGCGGUGUGGUGGGGACUGGCCUCACUGGUUUUGAACGAGGUGGAGAAUCCUGGGGAGUUUGGGGGGACACGGGGCAAGAUUCUUUCAACAUCUGUGACUUCAAGGGGGAGACCCUGUUUGGAUCUGGGGGCACUGUUCUGUGGCUGGCGGUCUGUGGGUAGCGGGGGAGGGGAAGGAACAGCCAGGUAGCCGCCCAGCCAGACGAAAAAUAAAACGUUCUUGUGUGCUUC